UUGUCGUCACACUCGGUUUUAGUCCGUUCCGGUCUGUUCCUUCUGUUAUUUGCAAAUAUGGAAUUAGUAUGGCUGUAGAACUGUGGAAUGAUGGACGAAGUAGCGCUUUCAUUUAAAAUUAACGCUUACACCAGUAUUCAAGUUGCGAUAUUCUCAGAGAUAACACGACGACAUAGUAAUUCAUAAGAAAACAAUAUUUGAAUUUUUUAAUGCAUGAAUUGUAUGUAUUUCCAUAACUUUAUUUUUCUAAAUAAUGUUAAAUGAAAUUAUAUUGUGAUUACAGUGACUGAUAUGGAGUGGCUUUUAUUUUGACCGGAAUGAAAGUAACAGGCUUGUGGUUCCGGGGAUUAUUUGAUAAAAUUGUUUAGUGUCGAAGAAACUUAAGAGAUUUCAGUAUAUUGAAAGUGUAACACUGAGCCCCAUAUUCUGUAUGCAAGAUGCAAGUAUUGCCGCAUUUCCGUGAUCCGUACCUAUAAUUAACCAUUAUAUUUGAACAUGUGUGCUCUACAAUACUGUGCAUUAAAAAAGUAUUUUUUAUAUUAUAUAGCUGAAGACACGUACUACGUACAGUGUUUCUUGUGGGAAAUUAUUGGUUGCUGUGACUAGUGGCCAUGUGGAUAACAUUUAUUACAUGCUGAAUAUGUCACUCUUUUACAAGUUUUUUCAGUUUAAAGUAAUGAUAUAAUUUUAUUUAAAAUGGCAACAAUGACUCUUCGUGUGGCAAGUGUACAAGGUGGUUGUAAUGGAAUUGUUCGCAGUGAAUGCAAAGAAAUGUGCGCUGUUACUGUGGCAGGCAACCAUAUUAAUGGGGCAAGAAAAAUAGAUGAGACUGAAGGCACAUCUGUAGGUGCAGAAAUUGAGAAUCUGUUGCGUGCUGCCACAAUUGAACAACAGCUGCAUAUUCUUAAAGAUAUUGCUAAGAAGCAUUUGGGAAAUGGAAGUUCAUAUGAGAAAACAAAGGUGUCAGCCUUUUGCAUUCAGCUUCUGGUUGACUUGUAUGUGACAGCAGUUCCCAAAAACCCAUUGAAAUGUGCCAUUUCAAGGAUCUUUAUGACACUUCCUGAUGAAGGGCACAUUGAUGUUGCUGUGUGUCUGUCUGCACACCUAAACAAAUUAAUGACUUUAGAUGGGAAUCUGGAUGAAAUGAAUGCUGUGAUUAUUGUGAUUAGCUGCUGCUUUGAUAAUUUUCCAAUUGGUGUGCAUGCAGUUACCAUCAGUGUCCUGCCAGUGCUGAGGUUAAUGAAGACCUGCCUCAAGUGCUGCCUAAUGGAACUCAGUCUAGAACUGUCUCCAUCAAAGAAAAUGGAAGUCUGUAAGAUAGUACAUUCUGCUGUGCGAACAUCUGUCUCACUCCUUCAGAAAUGUCAAAUUAAAAUCAAAGAGCUUGUCUAUUCUGAAAGUGGAUAUAAACAAGGCUAUUCAAUGUCUGAUGUGAUUGUCAAUCUUGCUGCAUUGUUGGAUGUGAAUUGUAAACUUACACCAGGAUCUACAGAUUAUUCAGAAUUCAAGGAUGGGAUGUGCCAUGCAGUUCCUGUUACAUUCGAGAAUCCUCUUGCUACUGUUACAUUAUCGUCUUUACUAGAGUUGGUGGCUACAUUGAUGGGCUGUUCAGAUCUGCCUUUGGACACACAGUCCAACUGUGGGAUGUUGCUUGUGCUCCUGAUAGUUGUGUUGGAUAGCACAGGUGGAGAAUGGUUCAAGGGCUUAGAGAACCAGAAAGUGCCAUGGAAGGUAGACCUCUCAGCUGUUUCCUUUCAACUCAAUGUGUGCACUGGAAUGCUGAAUGCUCUCAGUACAUCAGAGUUAUGUUGUGUGCACACUGUGACUGGUGAACCUGUUAUAAAUUUCAUAUUCCACCGUCUGUUUGACAUCAGCAAAAGAAGCACUGCAGAUUCUGGAAUGGUUUUGGGUGUCAGCCGUGCGCUUCAUCUUCUGUCCCGUAAGCUCUUGAGCACAGCCAUACAAUUGAAAGAUGUUUCUGUUGUGGAUGACAUGCUGGAGUUUGUGUGGACACAUCUGGAGCACUACAUGGACAGUGUGCGACACAGUGCUUCAGGCAUUCUGCUGAAUCUAGUGAAACUGGGAUCGUCUCUGAAACAGGAUGGUUCAGAUGGCUGUAAUGUCUUGAGUACUAUUGUGGAGACUGUCAUGACAAUACCAGUGCACAGCAAAUCCAGAUACAUUGGUCUGGCAGUCUUGGCAGAUGAGAUUGGAUGUCAGGUUUCAUCUGCUGUGGAGCAUCUUAUGCUUCGACAUAUAGCUGAAUGUGAGGAAGAUAUCUGGAGAGCCUUGUGGAUUGUACCUAUCUUAGAAAUGCUCUCUCAUGCAUCCACUUCACUAUGUGGCCCACUACAGGCUUUGCUGUCCACGUCAGUGAGUCACUAUCCGAGACUUCUCACCCACAUCUUACAACCAAUCAUAUCUGAUACAUGUCCCAAGGCCACACAUCUUCGCACUGUGCUUAGUUGCAUUCGCUUGGCCAGAAAACAAGGUGCCCUGGAUGAUCAGUCAGAAUUUCAGCAUUGUUCUACUUUAUGGAAAGGUGUUUUGGAUGUCAGAAUCCUGGAGCAAACACUUUAUCAUCGUGAUGUUGAAAUCAGAAUGUCAGCCUUUUCUCUACUUGCUGAGAGCCAUCGAAGCACUGAGACCUUCUCUGUUUCUGAGCUCCAGUUGGUCAGGAAAUUUUUAGAAUACAAUAUUAACUGUGAGAUACCAUCUUCCAGACAGCAGACAUUGAGUCUUCUGAAAAAGAUUCUUACCAGACUGAGAGAUAGUGCACAAGUUCUGUGUUCAAGGAAAGGAGAGAACAAGACUAGUAAGAAGAAAAUAGAGCCUGACAGCAACAGAAGCCACUUGCUGAGGACUUACAAUCCAUUUGUCUUGUGGCUGCUGGAAUUCUCUUUUGAUAAUUUAUUUCCAGGUGCAAAUUUUAGGCGUCGUGGCUCAUCACUCCAGAUACUUACCCUUUGCCACGAAAUUCUGAGUUUUGAUGCGGCAGAACUGGUGUGGACUCCCUGCCCACCUGUUGUGUAUACACAGAGCUAUGCUAAUAUUCUCUUAGAGUGCCUUAAAGACACAUAUGAAAACAACAAGAUGCUAGCCCUUCGGCUUCUCAUCACAUUUCCAGCAGAAGCUCUUGGAUUAGAUGAUCCUGAUCAAGUCAGUUCAUUGAUUGGAGUUUCUUUGCAACUGGCAUCCAGUCACAGCCCACCAGACUGCAUUACAGCUGCAUAUUUGUUGCGUGUUUUGGUUAAAUUCCACCAGACUGGUGUAGUUCUGGCAGCCAUGCAAGAGUGUGAUGAGACAUCAUGUACGGAUAAUUCUACAGUCUAUCUGGCUAUUCAUCUUCUGGUCUAUCGGCUCUCUGCAGAACUUGCUGAAGCCAAUCACAGCAUUUUAAUUGCAGCUGCUUCAGGACCCAUGUAUGGAAUUUUGUUCUGUAUCAGGCAGCUGCUUUCUGAUGUCAAUUUCACGAGCAUUGCUGGUGAGAAUUCCUGGUGCAGUCUGAUUGGUGAGGUGGUCGACAUGUGUUUUCGCCUCUGUGAAGUUGUGGGACCUAUUGUCAAUAGCUCUUCCCCUGAGGGACAUUUACCCAUGGACUUCCAGCCAGGAAUGCAGCACUUAAAACAGGACUCUGCCUCUGACAUAUCUGAAUUACCAGUCCUAAAUGUCACUGCUCAGAUGGUGUUGCUAUGUGCUUGGCGCACUGUAAAAGAGGUGUCUUUGUUUCUUGGAGAGCUUUCAGAGCAGGCUCCUAUCUCAAGUGCAGAGGAUUCAGAUGAAUGCCAUGGGAAGAGCCUUCUGACAGAAGAGCAGGUGCUUACUAUUGGAUCUCACUUGGCUAUGUUGCUGGUAGAGACAAAGCAUCGUGGUGCAUUUGAGCAGGCUUAUGUGGGGUUCUGCAAGCUCUGUGGAAGACUGUGGAGACAUCCAUCAGCCAGACUGCAUAAUCUUCCACGUCUAUGGAUGAAAGAGCUUAUGGACAUUAUCACCUGGGGAAAAGGCACCAAGCUCUGUGCCACUAGAAGAUCUGCAGGCCUUCCAUUUAUGGUGCAGGCAUUUUUAACAACAGAGCUUCAGGUUGGAGGCAACACAAGUUGUUUUCGGCAGUCAAUGGCUGCACUCCUAGAACUUGCUGAUGUUACUGAUAACAGAGCAGGAGCCAGAAGAUCUAUCAAUGCCAUCAGUGGGACAGCAACUGAAGACUCUGUUGGUAACAGUACUGCAUCAGACCCUUCUAAUAUUGCCGAAAAUUUUAAGAUUUUGUACGUGUCAACAGAGAGCUCAGAUUGUGUGGACACUGUGGAGGCUCGCAUUCAUGCAUUGAAUAUCUUACGGUCACUGUUUCGUCACUCUGUGUUGGGCGAGUCUGUCACUCCUUACAUUGCACAAGGAGUGAUUGUUGCCAUUCAAGGGUUCAAGGGCAAGACAUGGGCGGAACGAAAUUCUGCUACACUUCUCUUCUCUGCUUUGGUAACCCGCAUAUUUGGUGUACACCGUUCCAGAGAAGAACUGAGUAUACGAAAUCGUAUGACUGGGCGCAUCUUCUUUUUGCGUUAUCCAUCAUUGUAUGAGUUUCUAUUGGAAGAAUUGAAAGAGGCUAUUGCUAGCAUGGAAGAAUGUUAUAGUAGUCUGCAGCCUGGCCUGUUCCCAGUUCUGUUACUGCUUUCAAGGCUGUACCCAUCAUCCCUAGAGGGAACAGAUUCCAACCUACAGCUGAGUGUGUAUGCUCCAUUUGUUCACCGAUGUUCCCUUAGCUCUGUGCUUAAGACCAGGGUGUUGGCUGCAAAGGCCCUGGUUCCUCUUGUUCCUCCAAACCAGCAUCCAUUAUUACUUCAAGAACUGGUUACAAUUUCAGCUCAGAAAUACACAACAGAGAACCACAGGCAUGGGCUGCUACUUCAGAUAUUCCAUCUUCUUGAAGAAAGUCUGUCAGCAUUGUCUGUAAGCAAGGAAGUAGCAGAACGAGUUGAGCAGUGGAUAGUUGAUUUAAAAUGGCUCCUUCCAUCAGAAACAGGCUUUCAAAUCUGUUUCGUUACAUCAGAAGUGUUCUUGCGCAUUCUGCAUAUUGUAUCAAGAAGACUAUUUAUGUCAGUCAGCCAUUCCAUAUGGCAAGAAAUAUGCAACGUUCUCAGCGUGGAUUUGCUGAGAUCACAGGAGGAAGUACCGAGCAGAAUGAUUGGUAGAGGAAUCUACUUGCGUCAUGCAGUGCAGCUCCUGUUAGAACUAUCACUUGUUCUGCAUCCUACACACACUCCAACUCCAAGUUUCCUUAAAGAUAUGGAACAACUGUUAGUUCAUCUGCUCUUCCAUGCAAGAUAUGAAGUUGUCAAAAUUGCACUUAGUUUCUUGGAAGCUCUUCUAGAUACAGGAGAUUAUAUAUUGGAAGAUGAGGAAGAUUCUACUCUGCCAGUGGAUAAAAGUUUUUAUAGGCAUGUGAAAGAAUGGAACAGGAGUCAUGAAGGAGUACUGGCCGAUUCAUUAAGAUCUUCACCUGCUAUUGGAGAGAUACUAGUAAGGCAAAUGGUACCGAAGGAACAGAGUACUUUUGCGGAGUGUUGUUGGAAGACAUUUUGUGUAUUAAGCCAUUGUCCAAAGGCCCUUCUGAGAAUGGAAACUGCAGCUGAAGGAGUACUGAGAGGCCUACUUCAGCGCUGUCAGAAGGAAUGUGAAGGUAUUGACUGGGCUGUGUUGAGAUGUGCUGGGGCCCUCGUGAAGAUUAUGCAGCAGGAAAAUGUACCACUCACAGCAGAAGUUACCAGUGAGGUAUGCUGUACUUUGGUUGAGUUUUCUUCAACAGACAAAUCUUCAACAUGCCGACUGACUGUGGCAAAUAUCUUGCUGGACAACACUUCUUGGCUACAGGGCACAAUGACAUUCCUCUCAGCUCUGGAUGUCUGCACACUAUGGACUGUGGUUAUGACGUUGUUGGAUGAUGAAUGUUCACAUGUACGUGAACUGAUUUCCAGCCUUGCAAUGCAUUUUGGCUGUACCAAGUUUCCUGUAAUGCCACAGAGGGCUAAGGACUUGUUGGUGGAAUAUUUUGUUCAUGUAAUGAUCAAUCUGGAUGCCUUAAUGUGUGUAGUGUGUCUUGUGGCCUGGUGUCUUAUGUCUCCUGGCAAUGACUGUGACAGUGGAUUAUUAGAGGAUCGAGUAUUUGACAAAGGUGAGAUGAAUGAAUUUGCAGAAACGGUAACAGUGACAGAAGUUGCAUGUGGUCAGUUAAAAAACCUGUUAUGCAGAGAGGACAGAACACAGUUACUUGAAACACAUCUACCUGGAAAGGUCAAGGAUUGGCUACUUCAUAUGUGCCGGACAGAUAUGUCAACUAUGUCAGACUGUGGAGAAUCUCAUACAUUGGCAGAAUUUAUAAAGGAGGCAGACAGAAGAGCUGUAUUCUCCACUGGAGACUCACACUUUCUGUGUGUGAACCCCAGAACUGAGAUUCUUACAGUGUUCAAAACUAAGAAACUUAUGGAAGCUGUACAUGGAUCCCUGGGGUCAAAGUAAAUGCUAAACUGUGGAAUAUUUAAAUGGAGGAAGUUUAUCACUGACAUUAUGACUUGGCAGCAUUGAAACUGAAUGUUGAAUGAGGGAAAAUCUUGAACUGAGAAAUGUUAAAUGGGGGUUCCAUUGUUACAUCAAGUGAUUUGGAGUGACAGACUUUUGUGUGAAGUCAGUGAUUUUGUUGUGUCUUACACAGAUUAUAAUCAAUAUAAUCAUUAUUAUUUUACUCUGAAACAGCUCAACUUAUUUUUCCUGGAACAAGAAUAGAAUUUGAAAUGUUUGUCCACAUUAUUAGAACACUGUAAAUUAUUCAUACAUCAGCUUCAAAUUUUGUUUAACAUGGUUAUGAAGUAAGACCUGUUGCUGGUAUUAUAAGUAAUCAUAUUUAUUAA